UCGUUUCUCGGGGAAUUGACGUUAGCUGAAUUGAGAAGCUAACAGCUGCGGAGAAGUUUUCUGAAGUCGCACCGUCUAUUUGCUUUGAGUUAUGGAACUUCAGUUAAAUACUAGGUCGUGGUUUUAAUUGAACCUCCAGGUAAGUGACCCGUCUACUGUUUCUGACCUUAACAUGUUGCUUACCGGUAACCAGCAUGCUAGUUAUUUUCAGCAGCGUUAGCUGACUUGCUGUUAGCCUUAGCAGGAGACAUCUGCUACGAGCUAACCGUCUGAAACAGGUGGGACGGUCAUCUAAGGUUUUUACUUUACGAGAAAUUAUUUUCAUUUUGUUGCUAAGUAAUGUGCAUGAUAAUAAGUUCGACUACUUAAAUAUGUUAACGAAACUGUGUGUUAAAUACAUAGUGUUAAUAAAUAACUUCAUAAAAUUCUGUUAAUAUUAGUGAACCAACUGUCAUUACGGUUUGCCCUCCUCCGCGGUACAUUAGCCAAUUGCAUGGCUUACAAAAUGAUUGACAUAGCGCACGACCAAUGAUAAGCUCAUAACAAAAAUGAUGGCUCUCUCGUCUGUGUUUGACACAGGGGGCGUCUCUUUCCGGCGCAGUACGCUGGGAUGCUGAUGCUGAGGAGCCUCGUUGAUCUGUAGCAUCAUUUUGGUGUCAAUGUUUGUCGAAAUGUUGUAUUGUCUGAAGUUACAGCACUGUGUUGACUUAUGUGUGGGCGGGCUGUUGUUGUUUUUAGCGGGGCUGCAGCAGGUGGAGGCAGCCUCGGCCGCCGGUUCGGAGAUGGCCAGCCUGAACUGGAAGCCGUUCAUCUACGGAGGGAUGGCCUCGAUUGUCGCAGAAUUCGGGACGUUUCCCAUCGAUCUGACCAAAACCAGGCUGCAGGUCCAAGGUCAGUCUCAGUACACAGAGGUACGCUACAGAGGAAUGUUCCACGCUCUCUUCAGGAUCGGCAAGGAGGAGGGCAUACGAGCGCUGUACUCCGGGAUUUCUCCAGCUCUGUUGAGACAAGCAUCGUAUGGGACAAUCAAGAUAGGAACCUACAACUCUCUGAAGAGGCUGUUUGUCAGUCGCCCAGAAGAUGAGACCAUGGUGCUCAAUGUCUUCUGUGGUGUCGUGUCUGGAGUUCUGUCCUCUUCUCUGGCCAAUCCGACGGAUGUCCUGAAGAUCAGGAUGCAGGCUCAGGGCAGUCUGCUCCAAGGCAGCAUGAUGUCCAACUUCAUCAACAUCUACCAGACAGAGGGGACUAGAGGCCUCUGGAGGGGCGUCAUACCCACAGCACAGCGGGCAGCUAUCGUCGUUGGCGUUGAACUUCCCGUGUACGACAUAACGAAGAAGCACCUGCUUCGCUCUGGCGUCAUGGGAGACACCAUUCUGACACAUUUCAUAUCCAGUUUCACCUGUGGGCUGGCGGGAGCGCUGGCCUCUAACCCCGUCGAUGUGGUGAGGACUCGUAUGAUGAACCAGCGAGUCCUGUCGGGAACCCCCAUGUACAAAGGAACGCUAGAUGGAGUCAUGCAGACGUGGAAGAACGAGGGCUUCUUCGCUCUCUAUAAAGGCUUCUGGCCAAACUGGCUGCGACUCGGUCCAUGGAACAUUAUCUUCUUCAUCACGUUCGAGCAGCUGAAGAAUCUCCCGGUUUAACAGGAGAAAGGCGUGGGACUGCACCGCCAAGUGUGACGACGUGAGCACGGCACCACCUGUAUAUUCACACUUCUUUACAAAAUCAUACCGACAGUAACACACGGCAUCGGUCCCACACUCAUCUGAUCUUAUGCUGAUUUCAUCCAGUUCUCAGUUUCUACUUUGUUUUAACCGCUUCUGUUUUUGCACAGUUUGGAAGAGUUUUGCUUUAACGGUCACUCAUAUUCAGUCACCUUAGACACUCCUCAGGCAGCUAAAUGUUUGUAGCAGAACAGACAGUGUGCAGGUUCAUUUCACGGAGCUGAGGACAAAGACAGUCCCCUGUGUGGAUUAGGGUGAGUUCAAUACUCUGAGCCUUUGACUAUUUGCUCAGGAUUCCUGCACUCAUCUGUAAAGUAAUAUAUGAAGUCUGCGCUUUGCACAGUGUGUAAAAACAAAAGGAAUGCCGUUGUACAGUUUAGACAUGCAUGGCUGCUCACUUUUAACGAUAGAAGGAAUUAGACAUUUUAAGUGGAAUGUGUUGGAGUCCUGUGUAUCAUGAACAGUAUGUUUUCACACAUACUGUCGACACUGCAUGACCUGUGAACGGACAGCAACUGUUUUAUAAAGUUGAACUAGGAGGAGUAGGAUACAAAACAAAUGGGGAAAAAAAACACAAAAAGAAUGGAAGAUACC